AUGUCCCGCCAACCGAAGCUACGGCCAAAGUCGCACAUUCCUGGCUUCCCAGAUGCCAUGUACGAUCUUGCGACAAUGUCGUCUUUGUCGCAGCUGGAAGCUCGCACGUCGCUAGGAGAAGAUAAGCACGACCAACGUGUCUUUCGCGUCAAGCGCAAGCAUGUUCUCAAGGCCUGCGAUCGCUGUAGAGUCAAGAAGACCAAGUGUGACGGGAAACAACCAUGUAACCGCUGUUCCGCGUAUAACCAUCCAUGUCUCUUUCGGGAGAGGAAGGCUACGCAGACAAAGGUCUAUUCGCGAGGGUUCGUUGAAAUGCUCGAAUCGCACCACUCACUUGUCGUGAAAGCACUGCAGAGGCUCUAUAAGCUCUGCCUGAAUAAAGACGGGUUUCCGGGAGAGCCCCUUACAGAGUCAUCUGACGGUUAUCCUUUGACACAUGCAAUUUUGGACCGCCUCGGACUAAUAAAACAAGCCGAGGAGAAUGCGGAUGAACAAGAUGAAGACUCGGAAGAUCUUCAAUAUCUGCGAUAUAUGGCUUCUACUGAUUGCAGCGCAACCUCCGAUCCAUCCCCAGAGCCUGUUACUCCUCCGGAGCCCUCUUCUAGCCACUGCAGUCCUGUGAGCCCCUCCACUAAGGCCGGUGGUCCUUAUAAAUGGGAAUAUCAACCUGCUCACCCGGGUCAUCAUGAACAAUUUGCCAGCUACCAACAUUCAGGGUUUCAUAGCGUGACGAUGCCUCGGUCAGCUGGUCUGGUAUCUGAGAGCAAGUGUUCCGAAGCACUGCCUCCUGUGUCUAACCCAGAAAACUCAUAUUACUAUUAUACGGGUACUAGUGGCAACGCAGAAUCAACAAAGGCCCCUCUUCACCCUGGAUUGACCGCAGGGCCGAGGGCUAAUCAUCAUUCUACUGGUAUGCCUGCUGAAAUUCUCAGUAACUACAGCCUUCAUUUGCACGAUCAACAAUCACUCUACCAGGGCCUUGCACCUAGCUGGGCGUCUUACCCAUGUGGUUGA